GAGCUUGCGCCCCGCUAUCCUGAGACUGGAAUUCUAACUGCGUUAGAGCCUUUGUGUGUCCUUUGUGUUCUCUCAGCGCCUAUUCUUUUCCACCGAGAAGGAAAUGGUCUCCCCAGAUGGUCGCUAGACUCGGGUGACGGUGUUUUGCCCUAUUUGGAGUUCCUCCGAUUCCCUCAGCAACUCAGCCAUGGCAGCGGUCAGACUCCUGCCUCUCUCAGCGGGGCCCCAGGCCAAGGUGACCUUUGAUGAUGUGGCUGUGCUCCUCACCCAGGAGGAGUGGGACCGCCUGGGCCCCGCACAGCGAGGCCUCUACCGACACGUGAUGAUGGAGACCUACGGCAACGUGGUGUCACUGGGUCUUCCGGGGUCCAAGCCCAAUGUCAUCUCCCAGCUGGAACGAGGGGAAGAGCCAUGGGUUCGGGAUGGCCCAGGAACUGAGGACAGCUGGGACCCAGGCAGCGGCCAGUCAGAUGAUUUCAAAAAUGACCACUUGACAGCUUCUGUGCAGCAGGACAGUCCAUCCCAUCCAUGGAGAACAGAAAAGAGAGAGAAACAAAAUGGAGACUUGAAUCUGGAGCCAGUCGUUUCCAACAAGACAUCCACCGUUCUGGGGAAAACACCUACCCAGGGUGGUGAACCUGACCAGAGUUUCUGUCCAAGUCCUCUGGGUCCUGCUAGACGGCAGAGCUUAAGCCAGAGCGUGCCUGUUCCUGGUGGGGAGAGGCCUUACAAGUGUGUGGAGUGUGGGAAGUGCUUUGGUCGAAGUUCCCACCUCCUGCAGCAUCAGAGAACCCAUACCGGGGAGAAGCCUUAUGUGUGCAGUGUGUGUGGGAAGGCCUUCAGCCAGAGCUCGGUGCUGAGUAAGCACCGGAGAAUCCACACAGGCGAGAAGCCCUAUGAGUGCAAUGAGUGCGGAAAGGCCUUUCGAGUGAGCUCAGACCUUGCACAGCAUCACAAGAUCCACACAGGCGAGAAGCCCCACGAGUGUCUCGAGUGCCGCAAGGCCUUCACCCAGCUCUCCCACCUCAUCCAGCACCAGCGGAUCCACACGGGAGAGCGGCCCUACGUGUGCCCCCUCUGUGGGAAGGCCUUCAACCACAGCACGGUGCUGCGGAGCCACCAGCGCGUGCACACCGGGGAGAAGCCUCAUGAGUGUGGGGAGUGUGGCCGGGCCUUCAGCGUCAAGAGGACGCUGCUCCAGCACCAGCGGGUCCACACCGGGGAGAAACCCUACACGUGCAGCGAGUGUGGCCGGGCCUUCAGCGACCGCUCAGUGCUCAUCCAGCACCACAAUGUGCACACCGGGGAGAAGCCCUACGAGUGCGGCGAGUGCGGCAAGGCCUUCAGCCACCGCUCUACCUUGAUGAACCACGAGCGGAUCCACACCGAGGAAAAGCCAUACGGGUGCUACGCCUGCGGGAAGGCCUUCGUGCAGCACUCGCACCUGAUCCAGCACCAGCGGGUGCACACUGGCGAGAAACCCUACGUGUGCCACGAGUGCGGCCACGCCUUCAGCGCCCGCAGGUCCCUGGUGCAGCACGAGAGGAUCCACACCGGGGAGAGGCCCUUCCAGUGCUCGCAGUGCAACAAGGCCUUCAGCCUGAAAGCCACGCUCAUCGUGCACCUGAGGACCCACACGGGCGAGAGGCCGUAUGAGUGCAGUCGCUGCGGGAAGGCCUUCAGCCAGUACUCGGUGCUCAUCCAGCACCAGAGGAUCCACACGGGCGAGAGGCCCUAUGAGUGCGGGGAGUGUGGGCGUGCCUUCAACCAGCACGGGCACCUCAUCCAGCACCAGAAAGUACACAAAAAGCUGUGACCUCGGGAGCUCCUGUGAACCCUGCAGGCAAGGAAGACUUGAAUGAUCCACUCACAAAACAACUCCAAAGAGAAGCACUGAGCAUGGCAUUCCUGCAGGAAAACUUCAGAUAAUGCCUGGCCUGUUUUUCUCAACAUCCUCAAGCUGUACUGAAGAGUAGUCCCAUUCGCACGAAAUUUGGCCAAUGCAGCCAUGAUUCGCUCAUUUUAAUGAAUGGUAGUUUGGUAGUUAAGUCUUUAAUGCCAGGAAGUUGGGGCAUCAGGACCAUUGUCAUCGUCGAGCCUUUUUACACUAUAAAUAAAGUGUUUUUCUUAGAAUGUGACAUACCUUUCCAAAAUGCAAUUUUGCUAUUGCACUUGCCAUUAGAAUGCUGGACUGUGUUCAGUGUUUUUAAGCACUGAAGUGAUAUGCUGUUUCAUAUUUCAUAAAAUGAUAUAAAGAAGUGACACCAAAUAUCAUUUAAUAUGGCUGGAAAACCUUAGUAUACAGAACCAUAUGUUUUCUAUGAAAAAGGUCUAGGGGAAAUUCUAGGGCUGGAGAGAGUACGGGGUUAAGGAGCAUGCCUUGCACAUGGCUAAUCCUGGUUUAAUUUGUGGUACUGCAUAUGGUCCCCUGAGCCCUGGCAGGAGUGAUCCCUGAGCAC